CAUGGCGGAUCUAUCUGAGUGCAUGGAAUCCGCUACCUAUGUUUUCGAUGUUUGUUAGCUUCUUCCUUCGAUUAAACAAGAUGGAAACGACCAGAAUGAGGAAGGUACAAGCUCCUCAGCGUCUGUCCAAAGAAGGAAGCGGUUUUCCAUUAAGCCUAAAGUGGUCCCUGGUCGUCCCCCUACUCUCUCCCGGACACCAAAAUCUCCCGUGAAAGCAGCCGUAGCUACUCCUGCUGAAGUCUCUGGCUCAAACACUGAGAAACUGUCAACAUCCACCAAAGCUACAACAACAGCAGAUCUCCGUGGACUCCAGUCCCCAAGGAGAAGACGACUCUCAGAAGAAAGCGUCCAGCCCAAAGUCCAGCCUAAACUUAUCCCUUCAUCUCCCGACACAUCCGGAACUGUCAUCGCUCCAGCUGAAAAUGUGUCAGAACUAACACAUCUGCCAGCAGACAGCACUAAACAAGCUGAAACUGUUUCAGGCAGUCAAGUUAAAGGAGCUCCAUCCAGACCACCAGAGAGAGUACCACCAUCUCUACCGGAUAAAGAAACUACAGAGAUAUCAGAAAAAGCCAAGACUCUGAUAUCAAAAAAUGCAGUUUCAGUAACUCAGUCAACGCUGUCCUUGAGUCGACUCCUGAACGACCCGUCAGACGUACAAAGAAUGAUCAAAUCCCAGAAGCUCAGAGAUUUACUCAAACAGGAGCGAUGCAAAGAAAAGAAUCUCAAGAAAGUGAAAACCUUUCAAAAGGAAUUUUCUUUAGAUCCCACCAAAAUGACAAUGAGAGACCUUAUCCAUUAUAUCCCAGUGUCUAACCCCAUGACUUUAGAAGACGUCGCUCAAGAGAAUGAAACCGUGAUCCCGCCUUCGUCGUCAGCUUCACCGAGGAGAGAAAAGUCUCCAGAGAGAACCCCACAAGCUGAUGUCCUUCCUCCUACAACAAGUUCAAGGGAGGAAGAAGAGGGAGGAGAUGCUGAGGAAGAGCAGGAUGAAGCCAUGAUGGUCCCUCAGGUGAAAGUGGCAGAAGAUGGCUCACUGAUCAUUGAUGAAGAAAGCUUGACAGUGGAAGUCCAGCGGGCCAAAGGACCGAACCCCGCACAGGACCGAGAACCCAUCUUUGAACGUGGCUCCACCACAACUUAUUCAAGUUUCAGGAAAUCAUAUUACACAAAACCCUGGUCCAUUGAAGAGACAGACAUGUUCUUCCUAGCAGUUAGUAUGGUGGGAACAGACUUCUCAAUGAUCUGUCAACUGUUUCCACACAGAACUCGAUCAGAGAUAAAGAACAAAUUCAAAAGGGAAGAGCGAGAAAACUCCUGGAGGGUUGACAAGGCUUUCAGAGAGAGGCGUCAACUGGACAUAGAAUAUUUUUCAAAGCUGCUGGAAAAAGUUAUGGAAGUUCAGAAAGACCGAAAGAAACUAAAAUCACUCGCUAAGAAAAAUGCCACCAACAAGUUGAAGUCCAAGGCAAAGCGCAAAAGAACUGCCAAGAAACUGAGUGAUGUGGAGGAGGAAGAUGAUGAUCAAAUUCUUGAGUUGGAGGACAGGGGCGAGAAGGAGAACGAAGACCAGUUUAACGAGGGAGGAAAUCCUGCUUCAGAGCCAAAGAAAAGGCCCAAAAGAAAAAAAAGAACAGAAAGUUUGGCACAGGAACCCAAUGAAAAGAAAACGAAAUCAGGUGUUCAAGCCGAAAACUCUGAGGCAGCACUUACUGAGGAUCAAACACAUUUAGAAGUGCCUGAAAAGGACACAGUCACCAAACCAGCCAGGCGAGGCAGAGCUCCCAAGCCGCUGCUGCCUUUGGGUUUGAAGCAAGCUAAGAAGGCUCUUCCUUCCAGGAAAGACAUAGAAACUGCAUCAAAUAAAGGGGCGAAAAGCACGAGUGAUGAAACCUCUAAAGAACAGGUGAAUGAAGAAGAAUCAGAUUUGAGCUGUGCCAAUAGAACCAAGUCUGAUGGUGAUCAGAUUUCUUCAGAAGAUGAGGCAGUAGUUAAACCUCAGCAACCCACCAGAUAUGGCAGAGUCCCCAAACCCAUCCAGCCUUUGACCUAUUCUUCCAAAGAGGUUCCGCAUGCCUCUGAUUCUGAAACUACACCUGCAAAAUCUAAACGUGUUGUAAAGAGAAGAAAAUCAGCAACGCUACAAUCCACCCAGAAGUUAAAAAAACCCAAACUGGUCACGAUCAGGUCUUCCAAAACAGACUUCAGUGAUGAUGAGAGUGAAAAUGAAUUUGAGGAUAGACGGGAAGAUGGGUGCAGCUCCAGCAGAGAUGCUGAAGCCUGUAUGUUUGCACCUUCCAGUCUGCACCCCACAAAUACUGUGGUCUCUGAAGUGGAUGAGACCAUGGUAGAGCUUGAUAUUUUGGACAGUAUGCCUGAUGUGCUGGGCAUCCAAGAUGCACUGGGCCCUGAUUCCUCUUAUGACAACGUGCAACAUGAGACAGGCACUGCUGAGCUGUGUGAACAUCAGUUGGACCUGCUGGUUGAUGUUAUAGACUUUCUGUCAGCAGAACACACAGAAGAUUCCCCAGAUGAAAGCUACAAUGAGGCUGCUCAAACCCUUCUGACCAUUGGAAAUAUGACUCAUGUCUCUCAGACAGCACAAAGUGAAAUGACCACAGAAGAUGGUAAAACAGAGGAAGCAACAGAUGGCAUAAAUGCAUCCAGACAUCCUGAAGGAGACAUUGUUCCUUCUGCACAAAGCCGUGAAAGAGACAAUGAUGACUUGUCUCAAUUUGAAACCAGUAAUCAGACACGUGGUGAGCUGAAAACUGUGUGUGAUACAGAUCCUGCCCCUCAAGCAACAUCAAAUCCAGAGAGCCCCCCUAAAACAAGACGCUUUUCUAAAGUAAAGCCUAAACCAACACUUGGGCAAACUUUAAGGACUGCAAAACCAACAUCUCAAAAGAAAACUCCUGAAGAACAGAAAAUUGAAGGGAAUGAGACAACAACAGCUGAAGAAGUAAGCCCUGAAACAACAGACUCUACUCCUUCAUUCCUAAAAGAUAACAUUUCUUCUACUAAAGUCAAAUCAUCAGAAACAAUAUCUGUUAAUUCAUCUAUUACCCAAACUCAUUCUUUGUCUGCACCUCAGUUUGAACCCAGCAGGAAUCAGUCCACCACAGAUACAAAAACACCCGAUUCUAGAGAUGAAGGCUUCAUACAUCAUGGUGAAACUAUUGAUGGUGAAACAUCUAACGCAGCUGUGACAGAAGGUCGAGAGCCAGCCACACUUUCAGACCCAAUCCAAGAAAACAGCAACAUACAUCCUCCAUGUACGUUACCUGCAGAGAAUCUACCUGUCAGUCAAAAGGGAGAAGGUGAAGUUGCAACUUCCAGCCAACCCAAGGGGAAUAGAUUACCAAAAAUCAAACCCAAACCAAAUUUAACACAAACACCAAGAGUUGCAAGGAAUAAAUCUCAAGUCAGUGAAGAGACUGUGGAGAAAGGCUCUCUUUCAGCUCUGAAACCUGAAUGCCUCGCACAGACAGAAACUUCAUCUCUUCAUUUUAAAGGCGCAACGCAAAUAAAGGCACACGGUCAAUGUGCUACUCAAGCAGUACUAGAUGUGACAACAUCAGAUCAGAGGGCCAUGGAAAACCAGGGUUUUUCCAAAGUCCAGCUUAUUGGAGAGCAGACAACCAGGUUAACCUCUCAGUUAGCAGAGGAAAACCUCACACCUGAGUUUGGAACAACUGACCCAGCUGUCACAGAACCAUAUGUUCCACAAAGGUCAAGUGUAGAUUUAGCUGAAACUCGAGAACAAAGUGACAAUCCUGUGACUUUUAAUGCACCUGUAGAAGAGAUAACAGUUGAUAAAGAAGAUCAUAAAGUUGCGUCUGCCCAUCAGUCGAGGAGGAGUCGGACACAAAAACUUAAACCCAAACCAAACAUACCACAGAUAUCAAGAACAGCAAGGUCUAAAUGUGAAACCACAGUGGAACCAGCAGAGAGAGACUCAAGACCAAGUGUUAAUUUUUCUGAAAAUAAAGGUGCAAAAGUGGAACAAAAUUCAACUUCCACCUCUGACAAACAAACAGAAAGUUCUAAAUCUGCUUCAGGUAUAAAGCCACCACUGACUUCUGCUUCCUAUGUGACACCGUCAGUAGAGAAUCAGACGUUUGUUGGACCUGACCAUACAAACAAGGAGGCAGCAUCGUAUCAGAGUGUCAUAGAAAACCAGAACCUUUCAGACCUUCAAUUUGAACUAGUUGAAAAGCAAACCACAGAUGAUAAAGGAUUUAAUUCUGAGUUGACAGAUAAAAACUUGAUAUCUCCUGUUGAAACAAUUGAGAGCAGAUGUAGUAAUACAGUUGAUUCAGGGGGCACUGAAGUUGGCCCAGAAUUAAAUUUAGAUUCCGCCUCAGUUGAAGAACCAAGUGGUCUUCCCAUGAUGUUUGUCAAACCAGUAGAAGAGUCUAAAGUUUGUGAACAAGAUUUACAAGUUUCAUCUACUUGUAAGUUGAGGAGGAGUCGACUAAAGAUUACACCUAAACUAAAUGUGCCACAAAGAUCUGUUGAAUUUAAACCUGAAAUCUCAGAAGAGCCAACAGAAAAGGACUCGACUUCUAGCCCAAAUCUUGAGUCUCAUAAAACGACAGUGACUAAAGUGGAACCAACAUGCAACCCCCAACCUGAAAUUCAGAGCCAGGAACGAUCAAAAGUCCAGCUUGAGCCCUACAGAGAGCAGGUCACCAAAGAUGAAGAUAAAUCUUCAGAGUUUAAAGAUGGUCAAGAGUCAAAUCCAACUUCUGACAGAAGUGGCCAACCUCCUUCUUCAGAAGAAUUACUUCUCAAUCAGGAGAAGGAGGAAGUUGCAUCUGCUAGUCCUCUGAGGAGUCGUCGAUCACAAAAAAUGAAACCCAAACCAAAUCUAUCACAGAUUUCAAGGAUUGCGAGGUUUAAACCUAGAGUUGCGAACCAGGCUUUAGGCAAAGACUCAAGCUGUACCCCAACACUUGAGAACAAAACUAAAGCAGUGGUGGAAACACAGCCAUCUUUCCCUGAAAAAGAGAGUGAAAACACAGAUGGUGAAGGAACUUUGAAAACACCAGAUCAGAGUGCAUCAGAAAACCAGAACCUUUCUGAAGUUCAACCUGAGCAGAGUAUGGAGCAGGACACCACAUGGGUAAAGACAUCUUCUAAGUUCAGAGAUACAGACCUGAUGUCUUAUGUUGAAACAAGUGAGAUUUGUUCAGAUAAAGCAGAAACUAUUGACUUGGGAUUCAAAGAUUUACAAGUUAGGUCAGCUGUAGAUUCAGCCUCAGUUCAAGAUCAGAGUGACCAUCGUCCUGCUUUAGUUAUAUCUGCGGGGAGAUUACCAGUCAGUGAACUACAGGAAGAAAUUGACGUUGUGACUUCUAAACCUGAAUUAUCACAAGACCAUUUUUCAGUCAUGCAGCCUCCAAGCCCAGCCUUAAGCUCUAUCUCUUCAGACAAAACAAAAGCAGAAGAAGCAGAACCAUCAUGCUCUACUUGUCUUCCAGAUAAAUUAAACCAAAACAAAACUACAGGCGCUUCUCCAGUUUCAGAGCAGUUACUUGAAGCUGUUCAUAAAUGCACAGAGGAAUCGCCUACAUUUGAAGAGCAGCAGAUGCCAAAUGUUGGACAAGUUGCAGAUUCAGAGGACGCAAAACAAACCAUUCCCCAGAGAAGGCAGCGGUUUCCCAAAGUCAAACCCAAGCCCAAUUUAGGACCAACCAGUAAAAUCACACGCAGAAAGCCUCUGGCAGAUGAUGGCAGUAAACCUUUAAAAGUACAGCUUAUGGACUCGCCCUCAUUUGUAACAUCAGAGCAACAACUCAAGGAUUCAACUAAGGAUAUGAUAAAAGAUGAUGGAGUGGAGACGGAUUUAGCUUCAUCUGGAGAUGGCGUGGUGGAAAUGUCAAAAACUCAAACAGUAACUGAUCAGACUGAAACCACAGAUGAUCAGUGCACAAGAAAAGAAACAGCUUCUACUGCCAACUUUAUAACCCUCGAGACAGACUCCUCCGGCCAAAGCUCUGAUCAGAUGUCAUCAAAGUUGACUGAAAGUAAAGCUCCUCAAACUCAGAGAGGCAGGCUUAUUAAACCCAAACCCAACCUGCAACGCAGCAGCCGCCCUCAACAACCCCAGCAAGUACACAAAACAAAACCAACCAAAGCAGACUCCAGUAGUUGCUCACAAGGUGUGGAUGUCUCUGUUGAUCUCAAGUCUGAAUCUGAACUCAGGCUUGAAAAUCAGGAGCCAAAAGGUGGAAUCAUUGACAAACUCAGUCAUAAAGACUCCAGUUCAAAUUAUGCUUGUUCUUCUCUUGGUUUUGUGACACAAGAAACUACAACACAGAAUGAAUCAACAUCAAGUUCUGAGGGGAUUCAUAGUUAUCCACUCAUAUCAGAGAUCCUGCCAACAGAAGUGCCUUCAGAUCCUGAUGAACCUUUCUUCAUCCUCUCCCUGACUGAAAUCCCAGUCUCAUCUGUGAGGGAGGGGGUGGACAGUGCACCCGAGCACCUGCCAGAUCCUCCCGUAACAGAUUCAUCAGCAGAUCGACCAAGUGUUUCUCUAGAAGCAGCAGGAUAUGGAUUUGUUUCCACAAAGGAGAACAGUGUGGGACUUGUAGGCACAGGCGGAGAAUCAGCUAGUGCCCACGCUGAUCAACAAGGAAGGGAAAAUACUGCAGUCCAGUCACCAAAGGUUCCAGAAACAGUGAAAAGUAAUGAAACUGAGACUCCCACCUCAACGCAAACAAUAAAGGGCUCUGGAGGGAAAGGCAAACUGCAAGUGAAAUCCAAAGCUUCCGGGAAGAAACAAACCGCCUCAGCUGCCACUGAGACAAAGUCGGAGUCAGCUUCUUUCCAAAGCAGCACCGUUCAGGAUGCAGACCGUCCUGAAUGUUCAGAGCAGCCAAAAUCCUCUGCAAGCAUCAUCACUGAGCCACAUGGAGGAAGUGGUGAGCAUGCAGACACUGAUAAAACUCCGACUGGAGGAGAAGAAGCUGACAGCAGUGUGGCCUCACAAGCUGCACAAAACAUCAGGAGUACUCGUCAGAGCAAAAAAGCCAAAGACUGUUCUGCUUUCUCAUCGGAGACAAACGUUUCCUCAGCGAGCAAACCUCCAUCUAGAAAAGUGACGAGUAAAAAAAUGAAAAGUCCAUCUGAGGCGUCAAAAAAGUCUCCGUCAGAACCCAAGGCCUCCACAUCUAAAGACGUUCCCACACCAAGGACUUCCCGGCCAUCAAGAAAAGUCUGUUUAAAAUCUGUAACACCUCCAGAUGUGGACAUCACUCAGACUUCUCACCAGAGCUCCUCACAUUCAGCUCCCAGUUCUCAUCUCCAUACAGCUGAGGCUUCAUCAAAUGACGACGGUUCAGAGGCCACAUUUGUUGACGAGGAGCCCACCAGCAUGUCUCAGUACUUCUUGAGUGACAUUUUCACAGAAGUAGAAGAAGGAUAAAAGCUGGAGCAUGCAUGCGUUUGUAAAUAGUUCACUGCAUUGUCUCUGUAUAGAAUAAUUUAAGACAAAAGGCCUAAGUUUUAUUGUAUUUGUUUUUACAGGCCUUGUUAAUAUUCAAUGCAUCUUUACAAGCACUUUGGAUUUGUAUAGUACCCGUAUUUCCCGUUAAUGAAAAUCACAAUAGGAACAUGAAAAUGAAUAGCAAAACUGUUAUGACUGAAUUUUGGAUUUCAUUUCAAGCCUCAGAGUUUACGAAGCAGCUGUACAAUGUAAAUAUUGUAAAGCAGUAACUUUCAUUAUUUUUUUACUGUACCUGUUCAGUAUUCAAACUACAAAUCCAUAACUCAGCUUUUUGUACAGCUUUACAUCUCUUCUGUCUUUUAUUAAAUUUAGAUUUUUGUCAAA